AUGUCUGAAGUGAACAAAGACCUGGAAGCUGGUGCGCGUGGCACUAUAGACGAUGGUGAAUAUACAUUCGACGAUGAACACGCUGUCACGCCAGAGAAGCUAAAUGAUGAUCAAACUUGGAAAUGGGACGAUGAUCCUAAUAAUCCUUACAACUGGCCAUCAAGGCAAAAAGUUCAACAAACCGUUAUGAUUUCAGCUGCGGCUUUCACAACUUCAAUUAAUGUAUCGAUAUUGAGUCCCGCACACUCCCAAUUUAUGGAAGAGUUUGGAGUUGGCAGCACGGUCGCUAUCUUACCAUUGUCGCUCUAUGUCCUUGCGCUGGGCCUCGGUCCUGUCGUUGGAGGACCACUUUCUGAGACAGUCGGGAGAUAUCCAGUAUAUAUUAUCAUGAUGCUUCUCGGCACUUUGUUUACCAUGGGUGCCGGUUUCACUCCUACUUUUGCUGGACUCUGCGUUCUGCGUUUCCUCGCUGGGUUCUGCUAUGCGCCGACUUUGGCCAUUGCUGCGGGCACCAUCAACGAGAUCUUCCGGCCUGUGAAACGUGCGAUUCCAUCGACUAUCUUCAUUCUCAUGCCAUUCUUGGGUCCUGGUUUAGGGCCCGUCAUCGGAAGCUUUGUUGUCAAUCGAAAGGGUUGGCGCUGGACCCAAUGGACAAUAGUUUUCUUUUCCAUUGCCACCAUGCUCACAAUUGGUCUUGCCAGAGAGACUUUUCAUCCUGUUAUUAAGCGUCGUCGCGCUAAAGAACUGGGUCAUGAACUUCCUCCAAGCUUACCACUCGCCUCGAAGAUACGACUUUUCGCGACUGUUGCUCUCCUCCGUCCUCUUCGCAUGCUGAUUACGGAGCCCAUUGUCUCUUUGAUCUGUCUCUAUGUCGCAUGUGAAUUUGCAACCUUGUUCUCAUUCUUCGCUGCCAUCCCAUUGAUAUUCCAAACAGUGUAUCGUAUGUCCUUGGAAGUCUCUGGCUUGAUAUUUUUAGCUAUUGUCGUUGGAUGUCUAUUGGGUGUUAUGACGGUACUACUGUGCAAUGUCUUCUUUUAUCUCCCACAAGCUGCAAAGUUCCCAGGCAAGCAGAUCCCACCUGAGCAUCGCCUCUACCCUGCUCUCAUUGGCAGUGUUGGACUACCAAUAGGCCUCUUUUGGUUUGCCUGGACUGCAAGAGCCGAAAUAUCAUGGGCCAGUCCGACUCUUGCCCUCAUGGUCUUUGCAUGGGGAAAUUUGUGUGUUUUUGUCAGCACUACGAUGUAUUUCGUCGAUACUUACCAUGGGCUUACUGUUGCGAGCACAAUGAGUGCUAAUAGUUUAGCGAGAUACGUUCUUGCGGCUGCGUUUCCUCUUUUCACCAUUCAAAUGUAUACCAAACUCGGCACAGGUUGGGCCUCGAGCUUACUUGGCUUUAUCGCCAUUGCUCUGCUGCCCGUGCCUUGGGUCUUUUUUAAGGCUGGAAAGAAGCUGAGAUCACUUAGUAAAUAUGAAACAGCGGAGAGCCAGGGGUAA